ACUCGGGUUAACUCUUGAGACCUCCACGGAUGUUGCUAAGAGCACUUUUCCUGCCUUUGCUGUCCCUUGCUGGGAUCGGAUUUCGUACUCGCUGGACUCUGUGUGCCUGUCUGUGUGUUCUGAGUGUCUUGAGAUUUUGCUUUUCUUUCCAAGAGCUGUGCAUUGACUGUAACCAAGACCCAUGAAGGACCAUAGGCUUGGCUUGACCUUGAUUUUGGUGGUUUUGUUGGAAGAUGUAAUGAUGUGAUUGCGUUUCGUGAAGUGAUUGCUCUUCAGCCUCUGUGGCUUAGGGUAGAAGCCACUUCUGCCUCACUGUCACUCGUGAACAAUUUGGGUUUUUUUUAAACAAACCUCUUGGCUGUUUUUCUUUUCUCACUUCCCCUUUGCCCCCUGUUUCUCCUCAGUGUUGGAAGCUUUAUUCUACUCUUUAAUGUGAUUGAUAGUCCUGCUGCUUCCUGCUGCUGAUUUCUGUUUUGAAGUACAAUGGCUCUGAGUGGCAACUGCAGGACUUACCUUCCUUCUCGAGAGCAGGGGUCGGGGCUGCACUCCUUCCCAGAGGUAGUGGAGCUAAAUGUGGGUGGCCAGGUUUACUUCACUCGCCAUUCCACCUUGGUUGGCACCCCUCACUCCCUGCUCUGGAAGAUGUUCACCCCAAAGAGAGACACGGCAAAUGAUCUGGCCAAGGACUCCAAGGGAAGAUUCUUCAUCGACAGAGAUGGUUUCCUUUUCCGCUACAUUCUGGACUAUCUCAGGGACAAGCAAGUGGUUCUGCCUGACCACUUCCCAGAGAAGGGAAGGCUCAAGAGGGAGGCUGAGUACUUCCAGCUCCCAGACUUGGUCAAACUCCUGACUCCUGAUGACAAGCAGCAAAGCCCUGAUGAUUUUUGCCACAGUGACUAUGAAGAGGUCUCCCAAGGCAGUGACACAAGAAUAUGUCCACCCUCGUCACUUUUACCUUCUGAUCGCAAGUGGGGAUUCAUUACCAUUGGGUACCGAGGGUCCUGCACUGUGGGCAGAGAGAGCCAAGCAGAUGCCAAAUUCAGGAGGGUCCCGAGGAUUUUGGUUUGUGGAAGGAUUGCUCUGGUCAAAGAGGUCUUUGGAGAAAGUUUGAAUGAAAGCAGAGACCCAGACAGGGCUCCAGAGAGGUACACCUCCAGGUUCUAUCUCAAGUUCAAGCACCUGGAAAGGGCUUUCGACAUGUUAUCCGAGUGUGGAUUCCACAUGGUGGCCUGUAACUCCUCGGUGACAGCUUCCUUUGUCAACCAGUACACAGAUGACAAGGUCUGGUCCAGCUACACCGAAUAUGUCUUCUACCGCGAACCCUCCAGGUGGUCCUCGUCCCACUGCGACUGCUGCUGCAAGAACGGCAAAGGUGACAAGGAGGGGGAGAGCGGCACGUCCUGCAACGAGCUGUCCACGUCGAGCUGCGACAGCCAGUCUGAGGCCAGCUCCCCGCAGGAGACCGUCAUCUGCGGCCCCGUCACCCGCCAGCCCAACAUACAGACUCUGGACCGGCCGGCUAAGAAGGGGCCGGUGCAGCUGCUGCAGCAGUCCGAGAUCCGCAGGAAGAGCGACCUGCUCCGGACUCUCACCUCCGGCUCCCGCGAGUCCAACUCCAGCAAGAAGAAAGCGGUGAAGGAGAAGCUCUCCAUUGAGGAGGAGCUGGAAAAAUGCAUCCAGGAUUUCCUCAAAAUCAAAAUUCCAGACAGGUUUCCAGAGAGGAAACAUCCCUGGCAAUCCGAACUGCUGCGGAAGUACCACCUAUAGGCUCAGGGCGGGGGAAGCACACGACCUGCUC